GACCUAGCAAUCUUAUUGCCCUUAACAGGACCACAAGCCUCAAGUCCUCGAACUGGUAAAUUUUCUCCGGGCGAAUCGAUAAACCAAGCUCUGAGUUUACCGAAUCCAGUAAUGGCGGAUCUGAAGAUGCAGUCCGAAGCCUCUGACUCGAACCCGCAGGUUGAGAAUCAACGAAAGGAAUCUCCGGCGGCGGCGGCGGCGGCGGCGACGGAGGUGAACCACCGGAGAGCAUCUCCAGCACCGGCUCCGGCGCAGCAGUGGGUGGCGAUGCGGUACCCCCCGGCGGCGGCUGUAAUGCCGCAUCAGAUGAUGUUUGCGGCGGCGGCGGCGGCGCCGUACUCGCCUUAUCAUCAGUAUCAGCCUCACCAUUAUCAAUCACGCGGGAACAAGCAUUUCAACGGUUCCAAUGGUGAGAAUAAGACGAUCUGGAUCGGUGAUUUGCAUCACUGGAUGGAUGAGAAUUAUCUUAACUCUUGCUUCGCUUCCGCUGGCGAGAUUUCAUCAGUUAAGGUUAUUCGCAACAAACACACCGGUCUGUCCGAGGGCUAUGGAUUUGUGGAAUUUCUUUCCCACGAAAUUGCGGAGAAAGUUUUACAGAACUAUAAUGGGGUUGCUAUGCCAAAUGCUGUUGACCAGACUUUCCGUCUGAACUGGGCUAGUUUUAGCACUGGUGAAAAGCGCUUAGAGAGUGGGCCUGAUCUAUCUAUCUUUGUCGGGGACUUAGCACCUGAUGUCACCGAUAAGUUGUUGCAUGAAACCUUCUCUGUGAAAUACCCAUCUGUUAAGGCUGCAAAAGUUGUCAUUGACGUCAAUACAGGCCGGUCAAAGGGGUAUGGAUUUGUGAGGUUUGGAGAUGAUAAUGAGAGGGCCAAAGCUAUUACGGAGAUGAAUGGUGUGAAUUGUUCUAACAGAGCUAUGCGGAUUGGUCCUGCAACUCCUAGGAAGUCAAAUGGUUACCAACAAGGUGGAUACACGUUGAAUGGUGCCCAGGGUCAUCCUGAUGGGGACUCAUUGAACACGACAAUAUUUGUUGGAGGACUUGACCCAAAUGUCACUGACGAAGAUCUGAGACAACCUUUUGCUGACUAUGGUGAUAUAGUCUCAGUAAAGAUUCCUACCGGCAAAGGAUGUGGAUUCGUUCAAUUCGUCAACAGAACAAGUGCGGAGGAGGCUUUGGACAAACUAAAUGGGGUUGUAAUUGGAAAACAAACAGUUCGCCUUUCCUGGGGUCGUAGCCCGGCCAAUAAGCAGGUAAGAGGAGAGUUUGGGAACCAAUGGGUCGGACCGUACUAUGGAGGACAGUAUUACAACGGUUACGGGUACAUGAUACCGCCUCCUCAUGACCCGAUAAUGUACACUGCAGCGCCUUACGGAGCCUAUCCUAUGUACGGCGGGGAUCAGCAACAAGUAAGUUGAGGGAACGGAAAGGAAGGAAGAAAGAAAAGGACAGAGCAUAAUAUAUAUAUAUAUAUAUAUAUAUAUAUAUUUGCAUAUCAACGACCGAACUGAACUCACUCAGGUUAAAUAGGGGUCUCUCCUGAGUUGUUAUUAUUAUUAUUAUUAUUACGAUUGUUAUUUAUCUGUGUUGGAAUUUUUGAUGAAACCGUAGGGGUAAGAUUUUUUUUUUAAAAAAAAUUAGGGAUUUGAUUUGAUUUAUUUAA